AUGGAUUCCGGAUUAUUUGAUGUCUUCGGGGAAGAUCCAGCUAUCGAUAUUGAUAUGUCUGACACAGAGGAGGUUAUAAACAAGGAACCAACUCAGAUUAAUAAGAAACAUGAAUUAGAAGAAAAUGAAGAAGAUGCAUCUAAAAAGCUAAGACCAAAUAAAACAUCGGAAGGUAAAAAACAGAAAAAGAAGGAAGCAGCCGUCCCUGUUGUUACAGAUUCUUUCGAACAAGAAGCAUCCAGAGAAGUUGAUGCAUCUACAGGUCUAACUAAUGCAGCUACUACACAAGUUGAAGAGGAUGGUAAGGUGAAAUUGUCGCAUCAAGUCCGUCAUCAAGUCGCUUUACCUCCAAAUUAUGACUAUAAACCAAUCGCAGAACACAAGAGAGUAAACCAAGCCAGAACAUAUCCUUUUACCUUAGAUCCUUUCCAAGAUACUGCAGUUUCUUGUAUUGAUAGAGGUGAAUCUGUUUUAGUUUCCGCACAUACAUCAGCUGGUAAAACUGUUGUGGCUGAAUAUGCCAUCGCUCAAUCGUUGAGAGACAAGCAGAGAGUCAUUUACACAUCGCCUAUCAAAGCUUUAUCCAAUCAAAAAUAUAGAGAAUUACUUGCAGAAUUUGGCGAUGUUGGUCUAAUGACCGGUGAUAUUACUAUUAAUCCUGAUGCAGGUUGUUUAGUCAUGACCACAGAAAUUUUGAGAAGUAUGCUAUACAGAGGUAGUGAAGUUAUGAGGGAAGUUGCCUGGGUUAUCUUUGAUGAGGUUCAUUACAUGAGAGAUAAAGAGCGUGGUGUUGUUUGGGAAGAAACUAUUAUUCUAUUACCAGAUAAGGUCCGUUAUGUGUUUUUGUCCGCUACUAUUCCUAACGCAAUGGAAUUUGCUGAAUGGAUUUGUAAGAUUCACACGCAACCCUGCCAUAUUGUGUACACUAAUUUCCGUCCAACACCUUUACAACAUUACUUAUUCCCUGCUCAUGGUGAUGGUAUUUAUUUAGUUGUUGAUGAAAAAAGUACAUUCAGAGAAGAAAAUUUCCAAAAGGCUAUGGCUUCCAUCAGUAACCAAACUGGUGACGACUCGGGUUCGACAGUAUCAAGAGGUAAAAAAGGACAAACCUUUAAAGGUGGGGCUGCCAAGGGUGACGCCAAGGGUGAUAUCUAUAAGAUCGUGAAAAUGAUUUGGAAGAAGAAAUAUAACCCUGUUAUUGUCUUCUCCUUCAGUAAACGUGAUUGUGAAGAGCUUGCAUUAAAAAUGUCUAAAUUAGACUUUAACUCUGAUGAUGAGAAGGAUGCUUUAACUAAAAUUUUCAGUAAUGCUAUUGCGUUACUUCCAGAGACAGAUAGAGAAUUACCACAGAUCAAACAUAUUCUACCACUUUUAAGAAGAGGUAUUGGUAUCCAUCAUUCUGGUUUGUUACCUAUUUUGAAGGAAGUCAUUGAAAUCUUGUUUCAAGAAGGUUUCUUGAAGGUAUUAUUUGCUACCGAAACUUUUUCGAUUGGUUUAAAUAUGCCUGCAAAGACUGUUGUCUUUACUUCUGUAAGAAAAUGGGAUGGUCAGCAAUUCCGUUGGGUUUCUGGUGGUGAAUAUAUUCAAAUGUCGGGUCGUGCUGGUCGUCGUGGUUUAGAUGAUCGUGGUAUCGUUAUCAUGAUGAUUGAUGAAAAGAUGGAGCCCCAAGUUGCCAAAGGCAUGGUUAAAGGUCAAGCUGACAGAUUGGAUUCAUCUUUCCAUUUAGGUUACAAUAUGAUUCUAAACUUAAUGAGAGUUGAAGGUAUUUCCCCUGAAUUCAUGUUAGAACACUCAUUUUUCCAAUUCCAAAAUAUCGUUUCUGUUCCAGUUAUGGAGAAGAAAUUAAUUGAGCUUGGAAAAGAUGAAAAGGAGCUUGUUAUUGAAGAUGAAGCAAAUGUCAAGGAAUAUUACGAGACUAGGCAAACUUUAUCAGGUUACAAUGAUGACGUUAGAAAAAUUAUCACACAUCCAGCUAACUCAUUGAGUUUCCUACAACCUGGUAGAUUGAUUAAGGUUAAUAUUGACGGCAAAGCAGAUUACGGUUGGGGUGCAGUAGUUGAUUUUGCAAAAAGAAUCAACAGACGUAAUCCAACAGAGGAAUAUAGUGAUCAUGAAUCUUACUUCGUUAACGUAGUUGUUAAUACUAUGUAUGCUGACUCGCCCGUAAAUCUAAUUAAGCCAUUCAAUCCUGUCUUCCCAGAAGGUAUUCGUCCAGCUCAAGAAGGUGAGAAAUCCAUAUGUGCUAUGAUACCGAUUACAUUGAACUCUGUUGAAGCAAUUGGUAACUUACGUUUAUUUAUGCCAAAGGAUAUUAGAGCAGGUGGUCAAAAGGAAACUGUAGGUAAAUCAUUAAACGAAGUGAAGCGUAGAUUCCCAGAUGGUAUCCCUUUGAUUGAUCCUAUAAAGAAUAUGAAGAUCGAUGAUGAAGAUUUUAAGAAACUUCUAAGAAAAAUACAAGUGUUGGAAGAGAAAUUAGCCGGUAAUCCUUUGACAAACUCCAUCAGAUUAGAAGAAUUGUACAACACGUACAGUAAAAAACAUGCUCUCCAAGAGGACAUGAGAAAAUUGAAGCAUAAGAUAAAUGAAUCGCAAUCAGUCAUUCAGUUGGAUGAUUUACGUCGUAGAAAGAGAGUCCUAAGAAGGUUGGGAUUCUGCACUCCAAAUGAUAUCAUUGAAUUGAAGGGUAGAGUUGCUUGUGAAAUUUCAAGUGGUGAUGAAUUGCUAUUAACGGAACUGAUCUUUAAUGGUAACUUCAACGAAUUAAAGCCUGAACAAGCUGCAGCAUUACUAUCAUGUUUCGCAUUCCAAGAACGUUGUAAAGAGGCACCAAGGUUGAAGCCAGAGUUAGCAGAGCCACUAAAGAACAUGAGAGAAAUAGCCUCUAAAAUUGCCAAGAUAAUGAAAGAUUCUAAGAUAGAGGUUGUAGAAAAGGAUUAUGUUGAAAGUUUCAGACAUGAAUUAAUGGAAGUGGUUUAUGAAUGGUGUAAAGGAGCUACAUUUACUCAAAUAUGUAAAAUGACAGAUGUUUAUGAAGGGUCUCUAAUUAGAAUGUUCAAGAGGUUAGAAGAGUUAGUUAAAGAAUUGGUUGAUGUUGCCAACACUAUUGGUAACACUGCUUUGAAGGAAAAAAUGGAAACAAUUGUUAAGAUGAUUCAUAGAGAUAUCGUUUCUGCAGGUUCCUUAUAUUUGUAG